CGGUAAAACCUUGUGUGCUGAUUGAUUCUCUUUACUUUAUUAUCUUGGAACAUAUCUCCAACGCCACACAUAAAACCCUAGUUCUUCUUCAAUUGUGGCGUUAAGACGCCAGCCGAUUCACCUUAUCUGCAUCCUUCAAUCAUCCAUUGCACACAGGAGUUUCUGUCAAAUUAGUAGCGAGAUGGCAGAUACCGACAGCGCGAAGAGCUUCAAGAGGCGGGACCAGCUUUUAGAAAUGGAACACGAAGUGAGAAAAUGGUGGGAUGAAAGUCAUGUUUUCAAUGCUGAAGCUCACGACCAACCUCCCAAAGAAGGCGACAAGUUUUUCGGCACCUUCCCGUUUCCGUAUAUGAAUGGGUAUUUGCACUUGGGGCAUGCAUUUUCACUCUCUAAGCUUGAGUUUGCUGCCGCUUAUCACAGGUUAAGGGGUGCUAAUGUCCUUUUACCCUUUGGAUUCCAUUGUACUGGAAUGCCAAUUAAAGCAUCUGCUGAUAAACUUAGAAGGGAGAUUGAAAAAUUUGGUAAUCCACCUGUUUUUCCUUCAGAGGAGGUGGUUAAUGAACCCGAACCCGAACCUAAACCUAAUGAAGGAAAUAACCCAGAAAAGUUUAAGGGGAAAAAAUCAAAGGUGGCAUCAAAAACUGGUAGGGAGACCUACCAGUGGGAGAUAAUGCGUGGUUACGGUUUAUCUGAUGCUGAAAUUGCUACAUUUCAAGACCCUGUUCAAUGGCUGCGGUUUUUUCCUCCUUUGGCUGUUGAAGAUCUUAAAGCUUUCGGAUUGGGUGCUGAUUGGAGGAGGUCGUUUAUCACUACAGACAUCAACCCGUUUUUUGACAAGUUUGUGAGGUGGCAGAUGCGGAAGUUAAAAUCAUUUGGGAAGAUCGUUAAAGAUUUACGAUACACAAUCUAUUCACCUUUAGAUGGGCAGCCGUGCGCUGAUCAUGAUCGCGCAUCAGGUGAAGGUGUUAUUCCCCAAGAGUACACACUCAUUAAGAUGGAGGUUGUCCCACCAUUCCCUCCCAAAUUUGCACAUUUAGAAGGCAAGAAAGUCUAUCUGGCAGCUGCAACAUUGAGGCCAGAAACUAUGUAUGGGCAGACAAAUUCAUGGGUAUUACCAGAUGGCAAAUAUGGAGCCUUUGAGAUCAAUGAAUCUGAAGUUUUUAUCUUAACUGAGCGGGCCGCUCGAAAUCUUGCUUAUCAGAGACUGUCCAGGGUGCCUGAAAAGGCUACAUGCAUAGUUGAGUUGACUGGUCAAGAUCUUAUUGGGUUACCUCUUCGAUCACCGCUUUCAUUCAAUGAAAUUAUAUACUGUCUUCCAAUGCUCUCGGUUCUCACUGAUAAGGGUACUGGGAUAGUUACCAGCGUUCCUAGUGACUCACCUGAUGAUUUCAUGGCAUUGCAGGAUUUGAAAGCAAAAGCUCCUUUUAGGGCUAAAUUCGGUGUAAAAGAUGAGUGGGUAUUACCCUUUGAGGUCGUCCCGAUCAUCAGCCACCCCGAGUUCGGUGACAAAUCUGCUGAAAAAAUAUGCACGGACAUGAAAAUCAAGAGCCAAAACGAGAGGGAAAAGCUUGACGCUGCUAAAAAGGUAAUCUACAAGGGUGGUUUUUAUGAAGGAACCAUGAUUGCUGGCGAAUAUGCUGGAAUGCGUGUUCAAGAUGCUAAAAACUUAAUCAGAAGCAAGCUGCUAGAACUUAACCAAGCUGUUGUGUACAGUGAACCCGAGAAGAAAGUAAUGUCAAGAUCAGGUGACGAGUGUGUUGUUGCAUUAACUGACCAAUGGUAUCUGACUUAUGGUGAAUCUAGCUGGCGACAAACUGCAGAGGAGUGCUUAGCCAACAUGAAUUUAUAUUCUGAUGAGACCCGACAUGGUUUUGAACAUACGCUGAGCUGGCUGAACCAAUGGGCAUGUUCUAGAAGUUUUGGUCUUGGGACCCGUAUACCAUGGGAUGAGGAGUUUUUAGUGGAAUCUUUAUCCGAUUCAACCAUCUACAUGGCUUACUAUACGGUCUGCCAUCUGUUACAGAAAGGGGAUUUAUUUGGUGUGGACACGUCUACUGUAAAACCCGAACAGCUUACAGAUGAUGUUUGGGAUUAUUUAUUUCUUUCUGGCCCAGAACCUCAGUCAUCAGAUAUUUCAUCGACUCUUCUUAAAAAGAUGAGGCAGGAGUUUCAAUAUUGGUAUCCUGUUGACCUUCGUGUUUCUGGUAAGGAUUUAAUACAGAAUCAUCUUACGUUCUGUAUUUAUAACCACACAGCAAUAUUUCCCAAAGAACACUGGCCUCGUGGGUUUAGAUGUAAUGGUCACAUUAUGUUGAAUUCUGAGAAAAUGUCCAAGUCAACCGGGAAUUUUAGGACGUUGAAACAAGCUAUUGAAGAAUUCUCAGCAGAUGCCACUAGAUUCUCUCUUGCUGAUGCUGGUGAUGGGAUGGAUGAUGCUAAUUUUGUGUUUGAAACGGCGAAUGCUGCGAUUUUACGUCUUACUAAGGAGAGAGCGUGGAUGGAGGAGGUUCUUGCUGCUGAGUCAACUUUAAGAGUGGGCCCGCCUUCCAUUUAUGCUGACCGUGUAUUUGCUAAUGAAAUGAACUUUGCUAUAAAAAUGACUCAGAAGAACUACAGUGAUUACAUGUUCCGUGAAGCUCUUAAAUCAGGGUUCUAUGAUCUUCAAGCUGCUAGAGAUGAAUAUAGGUUUUCUUGUGGGUCGACUGGCAUGAAUCGUGAUCUUUUGUGGCGGUUCAUGGAUAUUCAAACACGGCUUAUUGCUCCUAUCUGCCCCCAUUAUUCUGAAUAUGUAUGGAAGAAACUUCUAAAGAAACAAGGGUUUGUGAUCAAAGCUGGAUGGCCUGAAGCUGAAAACCCUGAUCUCACCCUGCAAAUGGCUAACAGAUACUUACAGGAGUCUAUAACCAAUUUCAGGAAGCUUCUUCUGAAGCAGGCUUCUGGUGGCUCAAAGAAAGGUAGCAACAACAAAGCUGGUAAUCUGAGCAAACCAACAAUUGGGCUUAUAUUUGUGAAUGAACAAUAUGAUGGAUGGAAAAAAGAGUGUUUGAACAUCUUACGAGACAAAUUCGAUAGUCAAAACCGUAAAUUUGCACCAGACCAGGAGAUACUACAAGCAUUGCAGCAGAGUACAGUGGGCCAGGAAGGAAACUUUAAGCAAAUACAGAAGCUAUGCAUGCCCUUCUUGAGGUUUAAGAAGGAUGAGGUGAUGACACUUGGCACGCAAGCAUUGGAUCUAAGGCUGCCAUUUGGUGAAAUCGAGGUUCUUCAAGAGAACUUAGAGUUGAUUAAGAGACAGAUAGGCCUUGAACAUGUUGAAAUUUUGUCAGCUACUGAUUCAGAUGCGGUUAGCAAGGCUGGCCGCCAUGCUUCGUUGCUAAAACAAACUCCACCAUCACCAGGAUCUCCUACCGCUAUCUUUUUGACUAAGGAUGAUUUAGCCUGAAGAUCUGGGAUUAAGAGAAUGGAAAAGAGUGCUAAACCUUCUGGCUGACUCAGUGAUUGAGAGUGAGACAAGUUUUGGUGCACACUCACGUCUUAACCCACUUUAGGCAUCAAAGGCACAGAAUGGAGUAUGAUAUGCUCGAGUUAUUUGGCUUUUACACACUUUUUGUACUGAUGACACAGUUGGUGGGAAGAAACGCUCCUUUUCAUCAAGAAGUUGGUGGAAUAGUAUAAUGUUUGUCGUUUUUGGUUAUGUUUUGUAGAAACUUUUUUUUUUUUUUUUGCUUUUGUUAACAAUGUAUGUGGUCAAGUGCUUUCUAACUCCAGUUAUACAUCGUUUGUUCCAUCUUUG